UACACACUUCCGGUUAGUAUUAGCAACUUCACGUAGGCAAAGACACAGAUGAAACCCAGAUGAAGGAUGUCAAGAUUUUCAAAUAAAUUUUCCGACAAUGUUUUACGUCAAAAAAAUUCAAGCUCCACUACUUUGAAUACCAUGGCUGGAUUAUCGCCUGGUCAAAAGACUGGAGAUGACCGUGUGGUCCUGGAUGUGUCCAAAUUAAAUCAGUCCUUUGAUCCAAAUCAAAGCAUGAGUCGACCUGAAGUGAAACUACUUUAUGUAAACAUUUCUCAUCUUCCUUCAGUUGUGCAGUUUACACUUCUCACUGUAGCAGCAUUUGGAUUUUAUCUUGUUUAUGGCUAUAUACAGGAAUUGAUAUUUCGUCUGGAAGGAUUCCGUCCAUUUGGAUGGUAUUUGACUCUUGUCCAAUUUGCCUUUUAUACCAUAUUUGGAUUGGUUGAACUACAGUUUAAAGAAGACAAAACCAGAAGAAUUCCACUGAAGAUGUACCUUAUUCUUGCCUUCUUGACUGUAGCUACAAUGGGUUUAUCCAAUACCUCCGUUGGCUACCUCAACUAUCCCACACAAGUCAUAUUCAAGUGCUGUAAACUCAUACCUGUCAUGUUGGGUGGGGUCAUAAUCCAGCGUAAACACUACAGCUGUAUCGAUGUUGCCGCCGUCCUUUGUAUGUGUCUGGGGCUGAUUUUGUUUACCUUAGCUGAUAGCAGUGUGUCACCGUCUUUUAAUACCUUUGGUGUAAUUUUAAUCUCCUUAGCACUAUGUGCUGAUGGGGCUAUAGGCAACGUACAAGAAAAAGCACUGAAACAGUACAACAGCAGCAAUUCAGAAAUGGUGCUGUACUCCUACUCGAUAGGAUUUGUGUACAUACUGAUCGGACUCAUUGUGUCCCAGUCUAUAUUACCAGCCUAUGAGUUCUGUAAAGAUUAUCCUAAAGAAACCUAUGGAUAUGCUGUGAUAUUCUCCGUGUUCGGGUACCUAGGGGUGAACGUAGUUCUAAGUUUGGUGAAAACUUUUGGCGCUUUAAUAGCUGUCACAGUCACUACCUGCAGGAAAGCUGUGACCAUUAUCUUAUCCUUCAUGUUUUUUACCAAACCAUUCACAUAUCAGUAUAUCUGGUCCGGCAUGAUUGUAACGGUUGGGAUUUAUCUAAAUGUGUACAGUAAGAACAAAGUGAAAAUGGAUGCCUUAAUGUCCAGUGUCUGUGACUGUGUUCUUACGGUGAUCAGGGUUAAAAAAUCUUACAAACCUUACACUAGUGCCUUGACCCAAGUAUGAUAGGUAAAAAAGUUACUUGACAAGUGUUGUUUACGCUCAACAAACUCACUCAGCAACCCAAUCCUCAUGUUUUCCGUCAGUGCAGGCAAACUUGUUCAACUCACCAUGUUCUGGUGUUUUUUUUGUACAAUAUGGUGAUAGAUCUUUUCAACAGCCAGUCUUUUUAUACAGUCAAGUUAUUCUAAUCAAUGCUGUUCACAAUUUUGUUAGUACGUGGCACACUGUUUUAUGUUUUUGAUAAGUAUAGGCUCAACAAAACUAGAACUAAAAGCCAUAUUCAUACUAAUUAAUACCACCGCUCAACCUAUGAUGCAAAUCGGAGGCCAUGGCAGCCAGCUUGAAUCCUGAAACUUAUAUUACAGUUGUGUGAUCAAACAACGCACCAAAAUUACACACACCGUCCCCAAAAUAGUGGGCACAACUGUUUGAUUUAAUAAUUGAUCGCCCUGUUGUGUGACAUGGUAAGAUUUGUUGACGAAUAUUACAGAAUGAAAAAAAUAUGGAAGCUUCUAGUGAAAUAAGGCAUGUCAUAUACAUAUUUAUUAUCCGAGUGGUUAUUUUGCACUUUUUCAAAUUCUUCAAUGCAUGUUACACAUCAUUACAAUACUGUCAAAUGUAUUGUAUGGAGUUGAUCGCUGAUUAGAGUUCAUCACUCAUUUGACAGUUAUAAAAUCACAACGGGACCUUACCUGUGUUAAUUGUGCAUGUUACGCCUUGGGUGGACAUUUCACUCCUCCUUCAGGGUUGACUAAGUUGUACGAAAAUGUAGGGGUUUUUUUAUGGAAGGAAAGCUUGAUUGAUUGUUGUUUAAAUGAAGUUGCACGAAAAUGUACCUAUUACCUGGUAAUUUAUGGCCAAUAUUGUCAAAAGAGCCUGUAACAACCAUCUUGAAUCAGUACAAAAAGGGCAAUAACUUUUGUAAAAAAAAACACAUAAAAACUGAAAUAUAAAUAUCAGGUGCACAACUACAUAAUGUAAUAAAAUACUUAUACAGUUUUGUUGAAAUAGGCUAUUAAGUUUAGUCUAGGAGGAGUUGUAAAGACAAGAUUUUAUCGAUAGAUGGACAGAUAGGCAGAAAGACAGACAAACUGAUUCCAAUAAACCCCCCUCCCCCUCCCACAAUGUUUUUAUUUUUAAUAAUUUUCUAGUUAUACAAAGCAUGUUGAAGGAGCAGAUGAUAUUCUUACUUAACUUUAGUUACGGGUAACACUGAAUUCUGCUUCUGUCUGUCCAACCAUCCAUGUGACAAUCUGUCUGUUCGUUUGUCUGUCUCUGGGUUAAAACAUGUCGGAACAUCAACUCCUAAGCUACCGAGCUGAUUUCAGUAAAAUCAUGUGUAGUCAUUGCAUCAUUCAGUUAUUGACCCCAGAUAUAUAUUUCAAAUUCUACUUUUUAUCUUUAGUUAUUACCUUUUUAAGCUCACCUGCCUAUACAGUGAGUUUUGUUGGGUGGCUGCUGGGAUAGUUUGGGGCACAUUUGUGUCUGUUAAAGUUAAGGGUUCUUUUAUCAAGACAACUGCUGAAAUUAAAGGACUUUUCAUAAUUUUGCAUCACUAAAAUUACACUGCAAUUCAUUUUCCAGAAUUUUGAUCAUGUUCAUGGUCGAGUGGGGACUUAAUUAGUCUUCGAUUUAUAGUUCCAGUUAAAUUUGGCAUAAAAACCUUUAUAGCACCCAAAACUAAACAUCUUUCCCUACACAUUUUUUGCUGCUUCACAAAUACAUUUAUGUUAUGUAUAGAAUAAAUUAUCAUGAUUUUCACUUCAUCUAUUGAGGAUCUCUGUCCCACUUCACUGCGUAUGUACAUUAACCUUCCCUUCAUUUCCUGUUGAAUAUAUGUAUACAUGUUAUUUGUAUAGCACCUUUGGGCCAAGGCACUGCCUAUCUAAAGUCCAGGGUUCGAAUCAGUAUGAAGGCCCUCUAAAUGUGUACACUCAGACCACUGUUGUUGACUAUAUUGUGUUAGUUUCAUUUUCAUCUUUUUUCAUAAAACUCCUGCAAGGUAUAUUGGUGUACUUUUUUCAGAAAUGAUUUAUCAAAGCCAUAUUCAUGCUGAAGAAACAGUCUCCAGUGUGUAAUUACUAUUUUUGGCAGUGGUAUGGAGAUCCUUAAAGUCACAAAAUAGAUUUGGUAGGUUUUGCAAUUUUUGGCAGUGGUAUGGGGAUCCUUAAAGUCACAAAAUGGCUUUGGUUGGUUUUGCAAUUUUUGGCAGUGGUGUGAGGAUCCUUAAAGUCACAAAACGGAAUUGAAAGGGGUGGGAUAAUAGAUUGUGUAGUGUCUGCAAACUUAUAAAUAAUAACAAAACCUCUCAUUUCUUUUUAUAUGGUAUAUGUAUUGUAUACCGAUUGAAAUAUCACAUAUUUAUGGAGUUUAUUAAUGAUAUAUGCAUGAAAAUAUAUUAUGAAUUGAAACACUUUAAAAUGGGAAACUGGAAGUACAGCUGGUUGUUGUUUAGGGUAUAUUUGUGAAUAUCAUUAAAAAAUAUUGUAACAUGUGGAUUUUAAGAAAGAUCUGAAAAAGUUUGAUUAACCUGUAUGAGAAAUUAUAAUUACCCGUGGUGGCACACAAGGAUUCCUCUUGGCACUGCAUGAUUUAUCAUGGUACACUAAUAUAAUGAUGCAGUUCUUUUUGCUAACAAGGAAGAAAUGAGAUAAUAAUAACAAGCAUUAUUAGCUCACCGGGUCCGAUGGACCAAGGUGAGCUUAUGCCAUACCGUGGCGUCCGUCCG